AUGUGUAAACACUUCAAGAGUCUGCUCAACAUCUUGAGGCUGCUGGAGAUCAUACUGUGUACGUUAGCCUUGGUCAUCCCUAUGUUUAGGGGUAGGAUGGUGAACCCAUACGGCAUCUACUGCGAGUUCAUCUGGGUCUUCUGUGUCAUUAUGGCUGUGGUCCUACUAGUGUCCGAGAUCAUGCUAUUGCACAUCCUCCUGCCCAACUGGGACGACCUGGUUUGCGGUCUGAGCAUGCUGUGCACGCUCAUGGUCGCCGCCGCCACGCUCAUUUUCGCCAUCGUCUUUGGCUGCCUGUCGUGCAUCAGCAGUGUCUUCUGCAUCAUCUUCUCAUUGGCCGCUACCGCGGUCUUCCUGGUAGACAGUGUCAAGAGAAAAAUGAAGUGUCCAAAGGGCUACCUAUCAAACCUAAGGGGUAUUCUGAGAUUCACAGAGGCCGUCCUGGCUUGCAUCAUCCUCGCCGGCGCCACCAACUACUUCCUGGGUGUGGAAGGCGAAUUCCGCCCACCAGCCAUGUUGUGGUGCAUUGUAGUCUAUGUAGUCUGUCUCCCUGUGACCGUUCUCAUCAUACCCAUCCGUCUGUGCAGUCUACUUGAAUGCCUCAUCUCCUGUAUUGGGAUUGAUCUGUUGGAGUUGGUGUUUAACAUAGUGGCUGUGGUGUUGUACCUGUCUGCUGUCAUCCUCUGGCCUGUCUUUGGUUACAAGCACUACCGUGAGUACAAUCCACCAAACUGUGACUACUGUCGCCAUAACGACCUGGAUGUGGUAACUGUGGGGACCAUUGCCAAUCUCAUCCUCUACGUCGUGGACUUGGUUUUCACCAUCUUGGCUCGACUGAAAUCCUAA